GGGGGGGAGUUACUUUGGGCAUGCGCAUGCUACUCGAGUAGUACAUACGGAGUUGAGGCUAGCUUAGUAAGUAGUUUGCCUGCUUACUGGAUACGGCGUUUUUCGUUACUCGGAGAGUCUGGACUCAUUUCUCUUGGGGGAAAAAAAAUCUGAAUCAGUUGAACUCACUUGCAGCUUCUCUUUUGACACUUUAAAUUGACAAAACGCUGAAGGUUAAAUAAUAUUUUAAAGAAAAAAUGGCGGACGUUGCUACCACGGGGUCGGAGAAGAGUCUCGACGACUUCUUCGCGAAGCGUGAUAAAAAGAAGAAGAAAGAAAAGGGUAAAGGAAAAGACGUGGCACCUGUUUCUGGGCCCGUUGGCUUGAAAAGAAAUAAGAAGGAGAAGGAGAAGUCGGCGAAGAGUGAGAACCAGGACGCCCAGCCGGAGAAGGAGGAUGAAGAAUGGAAGGACUUUGAACACAAGGAGGUGGACUACAGUGGCCUUCGUGUACAGGCUCUUCAACUGAGUGAUGAGAAGGAGGAGGAAGAGUAUGAGAAGGAAGAGGUGGGGGAAGAUGGAGAGAUUCUCCUGGUUAGUGGAGACAAGGUGUCAGGCCCUUGGAACAAGUCUUCUAGUGCUGUUGCCGUGGCACCCGUAGCAGUGGUUGAAGUGGAAGUGCCGGAGCAAAAGCCAGGUGGGGUAUAUCGACCCCCAGGGGCCCGACAGACCGGCUCGAAGAGGGGCCCCUCCCAAGGGCCCCCUGAGAUUUUCAGCGAUGCCCAAUUUCCCUCACUGCUCUCCACAGCCAAGCAUGUUGAGACUCGCAAAGACAGAGAGAUGGAGAAGACCUUUGAGGUGGUGAAACACAGGAACCGGGCUAGGGAGGAUGUGGCUGGAGCCUCCAUGCAACACCUGCAGUUGGACAACCAGUAUGCCAUCCUGGGGGACAAGUAAACUC